AUGGGCACGCUGCCUGCCCAUCGCGGCUUGAGGCGCCUUUUCGCUGCGCCGCGCGUCGCCGGCGUGGCCCGAUUUUCCCAGAUGGCCAGCGAGGCGUCUGAGGUGCUGCGCCCCAGCAAGCGCAUCCGCGUCACGGAUGAGCCUUGCAUCGUGGCCAUGCAGCGCAUGCUCCGGGGCAAGCAGGGCAUCUUGUCGCUCGCACAGGGGAUCGUCUUUUGGAAGCCGCCGGAGGAAGCGACGGAGGCGGCACGGAGGGCGGCUCAGGAGCCGGACACCAACUCCUAUGGCGCCUCGGAGAAGUCCCUCGUAGACGGCCAGAUCUUCUGGUGCCCUUUGGGGUUCGCUGCAGAGCCAUGCGGCCAAUGUUCGGAGUGCAGAUGGCUCUCCUUCGCCGAUUCGCUCGGUGAGGUGACGAUGACGGCAUGCCUGGGCCAAAGAUCGGUUCAGCGGAUGAGCGACUGA